AUGAGCACAGUGAGGACAGACCUGAGGGCGGAAAUUACCUCACUUCUCGACCGCCACCAACAGCUCGCUGUCUCCGGCAACGCCAUGCAAGGUUUCAACAAGUAUUAUCCCCCCGACUAUGACCCGGAAAAGCACAGCAGUCUGAAUGCUUACCGAGGCAAACAUGCCCUCGGUGACAGAGCACGGAAGAUAGGCGAAGGAAUACUCAUCGUGCGCUUUGAGCUCCCGUUCAAUAUCUGGUGCGGAACAUGCAACAACCAUAUUGGGAUGGGUGUCCGCUACAAUGCGGAGAAGAAGAAAGUUGGCAACUACUAUUCGACCCCAAUAUACUCAUUCCGGUGCAAGUGUCACCUAUGUAGCGGCUGGUUCGAGAUUCAGACAGACCCCAAGAACACGCGUUACGUUGUUGUAUCAGGUGCACGACAGAAGGAAGAGGAUUGGGAUCCCGAAGAGAAUGGAGGAUUUGCGGUUCAUGAAACCGAUCCGAAUCAAGGGCCUGUCGACCCUCUUGCUGCCCUCGAGAAGUCGACAGACGCUCAGAACCACAUGAACAACGUGCAGGUCCCUCGCAUCGAAGCGUUACAGAACCUUGCAGAUCACUAUAGUUCCGACCCGUACACCCACUCUCUCCGCGUUCGUAGACGUUUCCGUGAGCAGAAGAAGAUCGAAAAGGCGCGUGAAGAGGCCGACGAAUCGAUCAAGAGUGUGUAUGGACUCCCGGAGGCCCUUGCGUUGUCAGCAGAGGACGACGAGACAAGGGCGAAGGCCAAGCAGGAGUGGGAGGAAGGGCGGCAGGCGCUAGAGGAACGUGAGAGUGCAAAGCGACGCAAGCUGGGGGCCGAGGUCGUUAGCGUCAUGCCUCGGGCAUCCUCCUCCCGUUCAUCAGCUCGCAGCGGACAGUCCAGUCGUCCAAGCAGUAGCAGCGGCAGCAAGACCAGUGACCCUGUGAGCGCGCUGCGUGCUAAGAUUCUGGGGAAUACUGCGAAGCAGAGCAUUUCGAUAGGUGGUAUCAGUCGGUCCAAACCCCCAGACCCGAAAUCAGCUCGAGCCCUGGUGAGACGGAUCUGAUGGUAUACCCUAUGGACUUCGGAUCGGAUAGCCCCAAUGUGUAUUGUACCCACUCG